CCAAUGAAUAAAAGGAUGACUCGCUCUCGCAUACAGAAAUGUUAGACGUGCCGCUGUCGAACUAGAUGCUGACACCCCGUCAGCUUGCUAUUAGCCUAUAAUAGCUGUCUGCAAGAAAGAUGGCUGCCCAUCAUCUUGGGUCGGUCUGAUUAGUGGCACAGACCUUGUUGAUUAAUCACAUUAUUCUUCCCAGUCAAAGUAUUUAAAUAUCUUCCAUCCUUCCAUCCCCGCUCUUCAAUAAAAUGGCAGCCAAAAGCACGCAUGUUUUCAAAACAAUCGGAACUCUCUCCCUACACCUUGACAUCUAUACCCGCACAUUACCUCCAGCAAACGACGUAUUCACACCAGAAACACCAGUGAUCCUCUUCUUCCACGGAGGAGGCGUCGUAUCACAUGAUCGUCGACUCCUACUCCCACAUAUCGUUCAAUCCUCUCUCCUUCGAGGCUGGCCACUAGUGAGCGCAGAUUACAGACUUCUGCCUCAGACCAAAGGUAUCGAUAUCCUGGAAGAUAUCAAAGAUGCGUAUACUUUCGUUAGAACGAAACUCUUCAGCAUUCUCCAUGGGUCUUCAGACAGCAACGAAAAUGUAAUCAAGAACGUGAUUGUCGCUGGAUGUAGUGCCGGAGCAUAUGCGACUUACCAAGCAGGCCACCAUUUCCAACCACGUCCCAUUGCACUGCUCGCCUAUUAUGGCAACGCUACAGUCGAUGAUCCUUGGUUUCGUAGCAAUAAAGUGCUCACAGAGAAACCUCUACUACAAUCACAAAUCCAACAUUUCCUCGAUGAGCCAGAGAAUUGCGGCUACACGACGCCAGCUCACCAAUUCGAUCGUUCUUGCCUCUUGCAGGAUUUAAAUCCCAGUCCUGAUUGGAAGAAACCAGAAGAGGCCGUGGAAGAUAAAGAGAGGCUGCCAAGAGAUACGCUUUAUUUCUGGCUCUUGCAGAAUAAUCUUUAUCCGGAAUUGAUGAAAGGAUUUGAUAAAAGCUUGAGUGAUGAGGAAGCGUGGAAGGGGUAUACGAGGACGGUUAUUGUGCAUGGUGAUGAGGAUGAUAUGGUGCCUUAUCAGGCCAGUGUUGAUGUCGCGAGUGUUAUUGGUCCUGUGACUGUGAAGCUGUUUACGGUGAAGGGGAAGAAACAUGCUUUUGAUAGUGGGUUGUAUUUGGGGGAUCCUGACCUUGAGCUUGUGGAGGAGGCUUGGAGAGCUUUAGAUGAGAUCGUUCGCGAGUUGAGCGUCUACACUGAAGGUUAG